AUACCAGAAGUACUGCAAAUGUUGACUAAACCCUGAAUAGUAGGUGGGAUGAUGAAAAGUACCUGGGCAAGGGUAUAUCUUCGGCCGGAUACCAUCGUACACCUUUAACCAUUCAAGCACAGCACAGGGUUCAGGAAAGCCGAGAUCGUAACCUAUCAUAACAAUUUGUAAAAGUCCGACCGAGUUCACGGGUAUCAUCAAGGUUGAGUCGCCAAAUAUCCACCAAUGGUCCUAUUUUAUACACACUCCACAGGGUUUGGCAGCUCAACAUGUGGAACGUCUGUUGGAAACUCGCCGUGUGGCAUGACUAGCCGCCACUAUGGGGCAUUCGUAGACGAGGGACAAUUUGAACAUUACUUUUUGGAGUUUGUGUCCUUGAGAAGCAGGACGAUCAAUGGAAACUUGGUCGUGGGAAACGUGGACACGUACGGAGAACUAGCCUGGGAUCUGAACUCUUUGAAUUCCAACAGACUAUCAUCACUCAUCGCAGGCUAAGAGAAAGACCCCAGUGGCAAAUCUCAGCAAGACAUCAAGACAGCAACAUGAGUUUAGACGCUAUUCGACAGAAGUACGGUGAAGAAAGGGACAAGCGGCAUCACCCUGAAGGAUUGCAGCAAUACGUGAUUGACCUCGCCGCUUCCGAAAGGCUCAAGCACUUUCAAGCUGAUCCCUGGGCAACAACUAAAAACUCGCCAGACGCGCCUGGCUGUGUUAAUGCUCCAGCUGGUACAUCGAGAAUCGAUCACAAAGCCGCUCUGAAGGAUGGAGACUCUUGCGCCUUUCUCAUUGUCGGCGCAGGAUACGGGGGAAUCCUCUUCGCCGCCAACCUCAUCAAAGCCGGCGUGGACCCGAACGACAUCCGACUUGUCGACACCGCCAUGGGGUUCGGCGGCACAUGGUACUGGAACCGCUACCCGGGACUCCAGUGCGAUGUCGAGAGCUACAUUUACAUGCCACUUCUCGAGGACACGGAGUACAUACCCAAGCACAAGUACUCCUUCGGCCCGGAGCUGAGAGCGCAUGCUGAGCGCAUUGCCGUGCACUUCGGCUUCCAAGACAAGGCCCAGUUCGGCACUCGUGUCGAUUCUUUGACUUGGGACGAUGCCAGCUCCGAAUGGGAAGCCAAGUUACACAUUGAGAGGGAAAACACUUCGAUAUCCGUACGCUCCAAGUUCGUCUUGACGGCAUACGGCAUCGGACAUUAUCCCAAACUGCCCAACAUCCCAGGGCUCGACUCCUUCCAGGGCUCGGCCUUCCACACCAGUCGUUGGGACUACGGCGUCACCGGAGGGUCGGAGGCAGAACCCAAUCUCACUUCUCUGGCGGACAAACGAGUCGGCAUCGUGGGCACCGGUGCCACGGCUGUCCAGGCAGUUCCAUUUCUUGCUCGCUGGGCAAAGCAGCUGUACGUGUUCCAACGCACGCCGAGCGCCGUUGGCCCCAGGAACAACAGGCAGACCGAUCCAGAUAUCUGGCAAAAGGAAGUCGCCACACACCGAGGUUGGCAGACGGAUAGGGCAGAGAACUUCAACGCCCUCUUGGCCAACGACCCGGCGAAGCCCGAGGUCGACCUGGUCAAAGACGAGUGGACCAAGCUGCCUUCAUACAGCGCCUUGAUCGGGAACCCGGCCGACUUGGACGGCAGGUCUCGCGAAGAGGUGGCCAGCUACGUCGCCACCCUCGAAAAGCUGGAUCUGCCACAGCAGGAAUCUCGGCGGUCAAGGAUCGACACCAUUGUCAAAGACCGGGACACCGCAGAGGCCCUGAAGCCCUGGUAUCCUUCGUGGUGCAAGCGGCCGUGCUUCAACGACGACUACCUCGCCGUCUUCAACCAGAGCAACGUCACGCUCGUCCCAACCGGCGCCAGGGGCAUCGAAAAGAUCAACCCCAGCAGCGUGGUGGUCGACGGCAACGAGUACGGCGUCGACGUGCUCAUCUUCGCCACCGGCUUCCGGCCGCCGACGUCCGGGAGUCCCGCCGAGAGGAGCAGGAUCAAAGUGUACGGACGCGACGGUCUCGACAUGGACGUGAAAUGGGCGCGGCCCCGGGGACAGAGCACGCUCCACGGCCUCAUCAGCAGAGACUUUCCCAACUUUCUGUUCCCGGGCCCUAACCAGAUGGGCGCUGCUCCCAACGGGACGUAUCAGCGGGACCAGCUUGGGCAGCACUUUGCAUACAUCGUCACGGCGGCAGCGCGGAAACGUCUCCAGGGACAACCACACACUAAGGGACAUGCUGGUUCAAAGUAUGGCAAGUACGACGUCGUAGUAGAGCCGACGGGCGAGGCGGAGGAAGAUUGGGCCGACGCUGUUGCGCGGCACGCGGCCAAGCUGUCUGCGAUGGCGGGCUGCACGCCCAACUACAUGAUUACGCCAGAGGAGCAAGAAGCUUUCGCCAAGCAAAAGAAGGAACUUCUGCAGCGCAAGGCCAGGGGCGCGUUGUGGGGGAGAGGGGUUGCGGAUUAUAUGACGAUCCUCCGCAGCUGGCGGAGCGAAGACGCACUCCGGGGUCUAGAGAUCAAGGCCUAGCCAGAUCAGUUGUAAUCGUCGUUGUUUUGAACGUCAUCCAUUUGUGGCUUAGACUGAAGUGACAGGCUAUCACAAUAAUU